UGAAGCUCUUGGAGAAUGGUGUGAGAUGUGAUUGGACUACACUAGCACGCGAGCACUCGGAGCGUGCGUCUGAUUGGUUGGAGUGAACAGUGAAAACUCGUGGAAUCAGACGCGCAGUUAUUCCGCUCCGACUCCAACACACGCGCGCACGAGAUAAAGAGAGAGAGAGAGAGAGAGAGAGAGAGAGUCGGUACUCGGUAUCCCUCCAUCAUUCAUGUCACCGGCAUAGAGGGGAAUAAAAAGAAGUCAUUCCCGGAUACUGAUCUUGAUAUUCUGUACUUCCAGAGGUUGUGUUUUGGAGAACUUGAGUGGAUCCUGAAAAUAAGCAGCGAUGGCUUUUAUGGUGAAGCACAUGAUCGGCGGCCAGCUGAAGGACCUGACCGGCGGAUUAACGGAGGAGAAAUCUGAUGGAGAAAAGGGCGACGCGGCGGCUAAAGGCAUGACAGAAGAGGAGUUUGAGCAAUACCAACAGCAGCUGGAGGAGGAGAAGCAAGAACGAGAUGCCAGUUUUGCCCAAAAGAAGGCGGAAAGAGCCACAGUGAGAACUCACUUCAGGGAAAAGUACAGACUCCCAAAGAACGAGGUGGAUGAGACGCAGAUCCAGGCUGCGUCGCAGGACGUGGAGCUGCCGACAGAGCUAGCGAAGAUGAUCGCGGAGGACAACCAGGAGGAAGAGAGCAAGCUCUCGGUACUCGGGCAGCUGUCCAGCAUCCAGAACGUGGACAUCGAUCACCUGAAGGACAAAGCACAGGCUACGCUGGAGGAGCUGAAAAACUCGGCAGAGAAGUGCUCGCUCAUGUGAACGUCUCUCUUUCUACCAGUGUCUUUUCCUCCUCUCUUCCCUUUCUCUUUCUCUCGUCUAACAUUAACACACCAA